UCCUUCCUUACAACUUUGUUUUAAAUCGUCACAAAGUGUUGCCAUUUGCGCACACGCUUUGCAAACAAAAAUCAAACACAACAUCCUUUCGUAGAAAUAUUCAAGAAUUUCCGAUUGUUGAGUAAAUAAACAAGGACUAAAUACACUUACGCUGUGGCUGUGGUUAGUCAGUUCACGGGCAAACAGUGACAAGUGAUGAGCUAACACAAAUGAGGGACAAAAAGGAUAAAAGCAUGUACACCUACCACAUAAAGGACAUGGUGUUCGUGAGCAAUUGUAAGAAGAACUUUCUGAAGAUAACAGUUUGUUGUGUAUUUGGAAUAGUAGGUUUAAUCGUCAUGAUACUCCCACACGUGUUAAUGUCAAGCCACGUCGUCCACCAUCGGCGCAGCACGAGGUACCCCACAGAUUUAAAAUAUAUACUCUUUUGGAGCCACAAAAAGCACAAAAAUUUGAUUCCCACACUGAGCAGACUGACAGAAUUUCAGCCUGGACAGAAAACCUUUAUUGACCAGAAAUGUCGACAUAUAAACUGCUAUAUUACUUAUAAUAAGAAAACAUUGACGAACGAUGAAGAUUUCGACGCUGUGGUAUUUGAUUUGAACACUGUUGCUAAAAUGGAUGUAAAUUUGCUCAACCUGACUCGGUCUCCAGAACAGUUGUACAUAUUCAGAUCAUCAGAAACGUCAGAUAAGUAUCCACUGUGUGAUCAUGAUUUGGAGCACUUUUUCAACUGGACGUGGACUUACAAAUUGUCGUCUGAUAUACCGCAGCCAUUUUUGACCAUCUACAAUACUAUGAACCAUUCAAUUGUAGGCCCAACUAUAAAUACGCCAUGGGUAACGAUAGUGAAGAAAACACGAAAAUAUGCGAAUAAAAUCAGACAGAAGAACAAAGCGGUGGCAUGGAUUCUGACUAAGUGCAGACUAAAAUCAAAACAUGAAGAUUAUAUAAGGGAGUUUAGAUAUGAAUUGUCUCGAUACAAUUAUACUUUGGACAUUUAUGGGCCAUGUAGUGCAAAUAAGUGUCCUGGUGGUAGUGCACUUAAAUGUUAUAAGAUGCUAGAGAAGGAUUACUUCUUCCAAAUAGUUGUAGAAGAAUAUUUGACAGAAGAUUACGUGACUGAAGUGAUGGUUAGUGCAAUGUCACACCUGGCGAUACCUAUUGUUCUUGGUCCAAAUGAUUAUUCCAAUUUCCUGCCUCCUGGCUCCUACAUAAACGCUCAAACGUUUAGCAUGCCAAAACUGGUAGCCCUUGUCGACUACUUAAUAAGAAACCCGGACAUGUAUGAAUAUUUCUUAGACUGGAAAAAGUAUUAUUACUACAAAGUGCGUCCCAGGUCAUACGUGUGUGAUCUUUGCCAAAAAUUGAACGAAUUUAAUGGGACUUCGGUUACUGUACGUCAUUUUCGACACUGGUGGGAUCCGGACUAUAAAGAUGAAUGCCAAAGAUUGAGACUGUUUAAGCUGUUCAAUACUGAAACUUAAGUUAACUAAAAUUGAACAGAA